UGGGGGCAGCUCGGGGAAGACUCGGAUUACGACAAGCUGAGUGAUAUGGUCAAAUACCUCGACCUGGAGCUGCACUUCGGGAUGCAGAAGCCUACGAUUUCUCUUCCAGAGCCAACUCUCAUGCCUGAAAACUUUAAAAAGAAAGACGUGGUUGAAAUUUUGUCUCACAAAAAGGCCUACAACACAUCCAUCCUGAUAGCCCACCUCAAGCUCUCGCACAUCGAGCUGCGCCAGAUCCUCAUGACGAUGGAGACGGACCGCCUGGAGCCUUCCCACAUCAAGCAGCUCUUGCUGUACGCCCCGGAUGGGGAGGAAGUCCAGCGCUUCCAGAGCUACAAGGAGAACCCUGGCAAGCUGAGCGAGCCCGACCAGUUCGUGCUGCAGAUGUUGUCAGUACCAGAAUACAAGAUCCGUCUGCGCAGCCUCCAUUUUAAGGCCACUCUGCAGGAGAAGACGGAGGAGAUCAAAGCCAGCUACGAGUGCAUCUGCAAGGCCUCUCUAGAGCUGAAAGGCAGCAAGAAGCUGGCUAAGAUCCUGGAGUUUGUGCUGGCGAUGGGAAACUAUCUGAACAACGGGCAGCCCAAGACCAGCAAAACCACAGGCUUUAAAAUCAACUUUCUCACCGAGCUGAACACAACCAAGACUGUUGAUGGGAAAUCCACCUUCCUGCACAUUCUUGCCAAAUCACUUAGCCAACAUUUCCCAGAGCUCCUGGGCUUUGCCAAGGAUCUUCCUACAGUGCCGCUCGCUGCCAAAGUGAAUCAGAGAACGCUAACGGCUGACCUAAAGGACCUGCACACCACUGUCAGUGACAUACAGAUGGCCUGUCACAACAUGCCAGCUACCGCAGAGGACAGAUUUGCAGUUGUGAUGACUUCCUUCCUGGAGAGCGCCCAGCCUGCCAUGCGAUCCCUGGAUGACCUGCAGCACAAGGCCAUGGAAGAAUUCAGCAAGGUGUUGUCCUUCUUCGGGGAAGACUCGAAAAUGACAACUUCUGAAGCUUUCUUUGGCAUUUUUGCAGAGUUCAUGAGCAAGUUUGAGCGGGCGCUCAGCGAUGUGCAGGUCGGCGAAAGCCAGCGCAGCCCCAGGAUGACCUCCCCCCUUGCCUGGUGA